AUGGCUUCUUCGUCGAAAGGUUGUACCAGCAAAGUGAACACAGUAAAAAAAUGGAAGGAAACACUAAACGCUGACUGGCUUGAGUACGAUGAUGAUGGCAAAGUGGUGAAUUUAUUGCGUUGUAAAGUUUGCACAAGCAAGGAGGAGAGAAUAACAAGCGCUAAAAAUUUCUCUCGCACAUUUAUCACUGGAUCAGCAAUUGUAAAGAAGAACACCGUCGUAAAUCAUCAGUAUUCCGAUCAACAUAGGAUGGCAGUUAAGCUGAAUUUAAAGGAAACCUUAAAGGAGAAAUAUGUGGACGAAUAUGUAAACGAAAACCCCAUUGGCCAAGGACUCAACAAAAUGGCAGCUGACGAUCGUGGAAGGAUGGAACAUCUUUUUAAUGCCAGCUACACUGUGUGUAAAGAAGAGCUGCCUUUCAAAAAGUAG